CUUGUGGUUUCUUUCUGCCCGCGAAGCCACCCAGCCAGCCUCGGUGCCAAACUAAAGGCGUGUCCAGCAAUAGAAACAGCCCAAGUUUAGCUGUGUUUUGAUGGGUGUUGACUGGAGAAGGCAGCUUUGUUCAGGCUUGAUCUGUGAGACUUGAGGAUUCCAAAGAGACCUGUCAAUCUUAUCAGGUAUGGGUUUACGAUGUUUGCUUUUGGAGACCCCCUCCAACUGAGCAGAUUCAUGACCAGACUAGACAGUGCUUUCGGAGGGAUUUGGAUGGCGCUCAUCGGAAUGAAGGGAUCAGUCGUCACCCGACCCUUUUUGGGUACUUUUCAAUUUCAUGGCACCCUCUACAGCUGGUGAACACUUAACGUCUUCCCAGUGACCCAAGACCAUAUUGCCCAAACCCUUUUACAAGGGUACGUGGAAGUUGUGCUUUUACCCAGUGCUUCAUCUUCGCCCUCCACGGUCUAAGGGACAUAGUCACUGCCAAAGACAAAGGACAGAGACAGAAGCCAUGGGUCAGGCCGGUCAGCAGCGCAGCAAGCAGAAGAAGAUCUGCAACAAGAAGACAGUGAAGGUGAAGAAGACAGGGGAGAAAAAGACCCCAAAGUUGCGCAAGAACAUCCAGCCAGGUCAAGUGCUCAUCCUGCUCGCCAGCAAGUUCCGCGGUCGCCGAGUAGUUUUCUUGAAGCAGCUGGAGAGCGGCCUGCUUUUGGUCACCGGGCCCUAUUCGCUCAACGGAGUGCCUUUGAAGCGCGUCAACCAGCGCUAUUGCAUUGCCACCAGCGCCAAGGUCAACCUUGGUGGAGCCGACUUCAAGUCCAUCUCAGAUACCUACUUCGCACGGGAGAAGGCCAAGAAGGGGGCCCAGACCCAGGAGAAGUUCUUCGCCACUGAGGCACCCAAGAAGGUGCUGCCACAGGAGAAGAAGGACGGCCAGAAGAAGUUGGACGAGGUCAUCGUCAAGGGCUUGGCUGAGGACAUGAAGAGCUACUUGAAGUCUCGCUUCUCUUUGUCCGCAAGGACCUUCCCUCACGAGAUGAAGUUCUGAGCAUGUCCCCGCGGAUUAAGAGACCUUUGAGGCAGUGGCGCAGGAGAAGAAAAA